GCAUGCAACAAAAAAAUUAUUCAGGACGUAUUGCAUAAUUCAUAUCGUCUCACACAAUUCGCACAGCGAUGUAGUAUACAUUAUCAUAAGUACCUUUCUCCGGUUGUAAUGUACAUGCACUUGUGAUUGCAAAGAGAGGUGAGCAAUCUUCGAAAUAUUUGUCAUUUACACAUGUUUACACAUGGAUUACAACUUCCUUAUGGACCGUUUAAUUUAAGAUCUAGUAGUACUACUAGUUGUCAUUAGAACUAACCUGCUGGAUCUUCACAGUAACGUGUGGUGAUUGAUUAAACUUCUGCUUUUUGUUAAAUGGUUUAGAUGCCUGCUGUCAACUAGUCCUGCGAGUUUGAAUCAUGUCUGCAAACAAAAACAAAGAAACGACCCAUUUAGGAUCAGAUGCACACUCUGAAACGGACACAGUCAAAGAGUCGCAGGAGAACCCCUCUGGAAAUGACACAGCCACAGAUGCAAGGACUAGUACAAAAGCGGAUUCUAUUAGUUUACCUUUAGGCAGGCCUGCAUUGCGAGGGGUGGGGCACCAGACGAGAAAUGAGGGCUCGUCCGUUUUUCGUUUUCCAGGGUUUGUCGAAUCACUCUCGGAUGAGAUUCAGCUACAAUACCGUAUGGAUCAUAAGAAACGAGGACUCGCCAUGGUCUUCAAUCACGAGAACUUCUCCCUGUCUGUCGGCAUGAACAGGCGGAUCGGAACGGAGCUGGACGCACUAAACCUGCGCAAGUACCUUGGCAGGCUAGGGUUUGAGGUAGUCGUCUUUCAGGAUCUACGGAUAGCGGAGAUUAAGAGGCAGUUUGAACGAGCGGCCUUUGAGAUGGACCACUCAGAGGCCGACUGUUUUCUCUGUUCGUUCCUCACACACGGAGACGACGGUAUAAUCUAUGGUUACGACGGCACGCUACCGUUACAAGAGCUGUUUGAUUACUUCAGGGGUGAAAACUGCAAAUCGCUCAUCGGCAAACCGAAGAUCUUUCUCAUACAGGCCUGCAGAGGGGAUAAGCAUGAAAUAGGUCUGGAAACGGACGCUCUUGAUAAGGAUGAGCCUGAUUCUUAUGGCUACACGGUUGUGGAUGGCGGACCCACCCUAACGGUGCCGGCCGGUGCAGACAUGCUCAUAUGUUACUCUGUUACACAAGGUUUUUACUCGCAUCGAGACACGUCCCUGGGGUCCUGGUUCAUCCAGGCCCUGAGCCAAGUCAUGGAGCAGUACGGAGCCACCAUGGAGUUCACGACCAUCCUGACAGUGGUCAACCGACUGGUUGCCCAACGGUCGGUGGAACGAUGCCUGGACCCGCGCAUGAUCGGCAAGAAACAGAUCCCCUGCUUCAUGUCCAUGCUGACGAAGCAACUGGUGUUCACGCCAAAAUAAUGGUACGGGGUUCGAACCCAAUUAGAGUAGUCUGUGGCUUGCUAGGCCCAACACAACUUAUUUCACACCCCCCCCCCCCCCAUGAAUGUG